AUGCUGGAGAAGCACCCUCAGGCAGUAGGAUCUCCAACACUCCCCAGAGAAGACAUGGACGUCUCCAACUCUCUUUUCCAGCUCCAGGACGGCACUGGCUUUCUGUUUGACUGCGAGAGCCUUGUGGAGCAAAGCUACGCCGCCUCCGAUGCCGGCUACUAUAGUGCCUGCAGCAGCCUCUCGCCAGUCUCCUCCACGGACUCCUGCUGCUUCUCCCCUCCGACCUACCACCACGGAAGUGGGCAGGGGAGAGCUCUGGAGAGCUCACCCACCAAGAGCGCCUGUAAUCGGGAGGAAAAGAAAGCGGCAAAGCCGCCCAAGAGGACAGGACGUCCGCGGACAAAGUUCCCCGGCGUGAAGCGUCAGAGCGCCAGCGAGCGGGAGAAGCUGAGGAUGCGGGACCUGACCAAAGCUCUGCACCACCUCAGGACCUACCUGCCUCCGUCGGUGGCCCCCGUCGGCCAGACCCUGACCAAGAUCGAGACCCUGCGACUCACCAUCCGUUACAUCUCCCACCUGUCUGCCCAGCUCGGCCUCAGCCAAGAAGAGGCAGCUCACGAGAAUUUUGCAAUGGAGAUACAGAACCCUGGCACAACAGGCAUUUCCCACACAGACAGCUUCAAUCAAGCCACCCCACAAACACAUAGCUUUUCUGCUCAGGAGUUCUUAAAUUUGCCGUACUAUCAGGAAGCAGAUAACGGCAGCCUGUCUUCACCUUUUGAUUAUUGGUUUCCCUAG